ACACACAGCACGUGUACUCAUACAGUGUACUCACACACAGUGUACUCACACACACAGUGUACUCACACACACAGUCUACUCACACACAGUGUACUCACACACACAGUGUACUCACACACACAGCACGUGUACUCAGACACACAGUCUACUCAUAGUAUACACACAGCAGCGUGUACUCUCACACGGCGUGUAAUCUUACAGCAGUGUGUACUCUCUAAAACCCACACUCCCCGGCUGUGGCAGAUCCGCUGAACUCCUGGUCCUUGGGCUGUUGAGCUGAGUUGUUGAUCUGCUCUCGGCUUCACCAGAGCUCGAGUGAGGAGGAGGAGGAGGCGCCAUGAGUUUGCCGACCUUGCUGCUGCUGAGCGCCUCUGCGCUGCUGAUGCUUUCCACGCCGGGGGCUGCCAAGAAGGACUACGGUCUGUACUGUGGAGCUUGCCGAGCGCUGGUGGACGAGGUGACGUGGGAGGUAGGCCAGGUGGACCCCAAGAAAACCAUCCAGGUGGGCUCCUUCCGCAUCAACCCCGACGGAACCCAGGACACCACCGAGGUGCCUUUUGCCCGCUCGGAGGCCCACCUGCUGGAGGUGCUGGAGGGCGUGUGCCAGCGCGUGGGCGACUACGCCGAGGUGGACGCCGGCUCGGGGAAGCCGCGCUCGUUCGUGCGCACGACCGCCCGUCCCGGCGAGAAGCUCGACCUGACCAACGUCACCAUCAGCGGCGACAUGGCCUUCACUAACCCGCACUGA